AUGACUCCCAUAUCAAACAACUUUUUUCACACGUAUUCUCUUUUCUGUCGGCCCAUGGGACGUAAGCGAACGUUGAAAACGCUUACCGCGGUGGCCUGGUUGACAAGCCGCCAAGGGAUGAGCCAAGCUAGCGCAAGUUACUUGGAUGCUCUGUACCUUCAGUUCAGCGCGACAUUUCCAAUUUUACGACAAAAGAAUGGCGAAGGCUUGCUAGGCGUGCUGGCAAAGAACAAGAAAAAAGCUUGUGGGCUAGAGACGAAGGCGAGAAUUGAGGAUCUCAUGCUUCUUUUACCACCUGCGUCUAUAUUUACAUGGGACGGCACCAACUCGAUGUCAAAAUCAAAAAUGAUUUUUUUUGCUUUUUUAAUUUUGAGGCCUGGCUCUUGU